UUUAAUGCAGCUUCAAAGCUCCUUACUGAAGGUUCACACAACAUUUGAGUAGUCUUAAAGUUGUUAUCAUUUGUCUAUCAGAACAAAGUCUGUUUUGUGAAAUUUGUUGUCGUCGAAACACUAAACAGUCUGUUGAAAGGUUACAGAAGAGCUACAGGAUUUUUAUCUUGACAGGUGACAUUAUUUCUUGUAGGUCAUUACUAUUUUCCCUGCUUAUAACAUUCCUCUGUUGUCUGAUAUGGAUCACAAAAUCAGACCUAAACAGUUUCAACACAUCAAAUUUCCUAAAUCACAACCAAUAAGCUCUCCCUAUUCUUCAUAAACAUUUCCUCAGUGCAGCUGUGACACGUCAGAGGAGAUCUGGCCCUCCCGCCUCGUUUCGUCAUGCAACCAGACAAUAUAAAGAUAAACACCAAUAUAAAGUAUAAACCUCUGUAACGAUGUUUGGCUGCUAUUUUGUCAAACUCGUGUAGGAAUAUAGUACAAAGUCAUGAAUUCUCAAAAGUGUCACUAAAAGAGUACAGACAAAUAAAAUGUGAAAAAUUAAAAGUGACAUUGUAGGCUAUAUAUAUAUAGCGAUAGGGAAUUUAUCAUUUUAUAUAUACAUAUUUUUUAUGUAUUAUAUAUUCGAUUGUGCUCCGUCAUUUGAAAUGUUUAUACCCAAUACAAAAAAAUACACAGCUUUAAAAAAAGUUUGUUUUGCCUUUAUGACCGAGACCACGUGACAGAAGAGCUGAAGUCCACAACAGCCCGACAGACAGACAGACAGACAGCACAAUGAGUGAGUGUCCAGUUGUUUUAAAUAAAGAUGAAGUGAUCCGGCUGCUCAGUUUGGAGGAUUUGAUUCCCAGACUGGAAUCGGCGAUGGGAAAGUUUUCCAGACGGUCGACUUCGGGAAUCAUUCAGCCUGUGAGAUCUGUGUUGCCUAUCCACAAACACCACGGUUUUUUAGGUCUCAUGCCGGUUUAUAUGGCCGAUGAGGGAGUUUUGUGUACGAAACUCGUGACUUUCUACAAUCGAGCAGAGAACUGCACUUCACCGUCAACUCAGGCCACAGUGUUGCUGUUUGAUCCCGAGCGCGGUCACGUGACUGCGAUGAUGAAUGGAGAAGCGAUCACCGCCAUAAGAACCGCUGCAGUGUCGGCUAUAUCUGCUCAACUGUUAAAACCAGCCGUGUCAGACGUGUUGUGCAUCCUCGGCUCAGGACAACAAGCAAGAAGUCAUUACGAUGUCUUCACAAAGAUCUUCAAGUUCAAAGAGGUGCGUGUGUGGAGCAGAAGAAGAGAAAUGGCCGAGCGGUUUGUAGAAGAUCUUGAAGAGCCGGUUGUAGUUUGUUGUUCAGUGAGAGAGGCGGUGAGCGGGGCUGAUGUUAUAGUCACUGUCACAGGUGCCACUGAACCCAUACUGGGUGCUGAAUGGAUCAAAUCAGGUGCACACAUCGCAGCGGUCGGUGCGUGUCGUCCAGACUGGAGAGAAUUAGAUGAUGUGUUGAUGAGAGAAGCGCUGGUGUAUGUGGACAGUAGAGACGGAGCUCACGCCGAGUCAGGAGACAUCAUCCUGUCUGGAGCUCAGGUUUUCGGGGAGCUCGGUGAGGUUAUAAAUGGAUCUGUUCCUGCUCCGCGUGAGAAGACCACUGUGUUCAAGUCAUUGGGUAUGGGACUACAGGACGCUGUCGCAGCUAAACUGGUGUUUGACAAAUGGAAAAGUGAACAGUGAUGGACCGAAUGAUGCAUUUCAUCAAUGACUGACAGCGUAACACAAUGUGUUUACUCUUUACACACUCUGUAAUCUGUAAGAAAUAAACAACACUACAUUAUAACAAUGAUUUUUUUUGUGAUUUA